AUCAUCAUCAUUUUCGACACCACCAAUUACAACAAUUUCAUCAGCAUCAAAAACAACAGCAACUUCAUCAUCUCAUGAUAUAUCAGUAACAACAAACACAUCAGCACUACAAACAACAACGAAUACAGUAGCACCACAAACAACAACUUCAUCAUCUAAAGAUUCAUUUGAUCUAAAGGAAGGAAAAGAUUUCUUUUUGAAUGUAAAUUAUAAUCAAAAUAACUCGCUUAAAGCUAGUGUUAAAUGUAACUGUACUCGAUUGAUAACAUUAACAUUAAAAGCUGGAAAGAUACAGCUUUCUAAUUUUCAAAAACAUUUGCGUACAACUAACUGUAAUCAUAUAAAAUCCUUGAAAAAAAUUGAUGAAGAACAAAAGAAACAGAGCCUUCAACAAUUCACAAGCACCUCAUCGUCGUCCACUAUCGUUCCAUUAGCAUCAACAACACCAGCGCAACAACAACCUAUAUUACAAGUUCCCGCUUUUGUUUCAACUGGCGCUGGUGCAUCAUCAGUUAUGACAGCUUCUUCUUCAAGUAUACAGUCACCAGUAACACAUACAAACUCUCAAAAACGUGGUCAACCAUCAUCACAAUUUUCAUCAUCACAAAAAACUAAAAGAAGUCGUACAUAA